GUCGAGAAAAUCUUAUCUUCAGGUUUACCUAUUUACAGAACUUUUGAAAACUUUCGCUGAUCAGUAUGACCUGCAAAAUUCAGUCACUUUUUAUCCCAGCCAUACUUCAUACUCACUACUACUGAUCACAUGCAAGCACUACCCGAGUCCAUUGUAAACCGCAGAAAGUAGACCUUUUGAACCAUUCUAGACAAUGGAAGAAAGGAGAAAUAUGAUGAAGUACUUAUGUCUACAAAUAAUACAAAAAGUCUACAUUCUACUCACUGUAAUUCAGGAUUCCACUGAUAGUGACGUAUGUGUCAAGCCAAGUUCUACCGUCAUAUAUGUUUCUACUUGCCCUGUCACAGAUGUGGAAUGGCAGAUUUCUUCUCUGAGGAAAAACUGUUCUCAGUAUUCAGACAAAUGUGGAUACAAGUAUCACUGUUUAAUCAAUCCAUUUCUUAAUGCAACGCUGGAAGUUUGUGCACAAAGAGCGAAUAUAAUAGAGAGAAAAUGUGCCGAGUUUAAUCCAGGAGGGGAGGUUAUUCAAGAAAAUUCUCUUGCAACAUGUCAGAAAGCAGGAGAGAAUUGUCCUUACUCAUAUUCUUCGACGACUGCAUAUAAAUAUCCUGGCUGUUAUAAUUUGACAAAGCAGCAACAUACCAGCGGUAAAAUGCAUAUAAACCAAAACAAGGAAAACUCUUCUCAACGGUCAUUUGAGGUAUGGAAAGUGAUUUUGAUUUGCCUGUGCUUUGUUAUAGUCAUAGGAAUUGUGAUAUUCAGUAUCAUAUGGUGGAAACGUAGAAGACGGCAAAGUUCUUUGAGAGAAGGCUCUAAGAAAGAAAGUGAACCUUUUGUGCAAACAUCUGAAAAAUCGGAAAUGAACACAAACGAAACUAGUAAUGGGGAGCAUCCAAGAAGACCUAGCAUAAUUAAUGUUAGUCCUGAUCCAACGUACUACACAGCAAAGGAUAAAACAACGUCAGAAGGCAAACGUGCGGUGUUCGACAUUUUUGACAAAAAAUCGGAGUAGCAAUAUGCCACAGGAAAACAGAAGUGAAAUUUAAAAUUCUUGGUUCAGUGGAGAACCAUUGGUCUUCAACUAAAACAUUUCAGGAAAAGUUAUUUCUACGAAAUGUAAUCAAGACCCCGAAAUGAAAGGCAACCGUAUUUGUUCAUUUUUUGGCAUUAUGAGAAUUUUCGGAAAAUAACUUGAAAAGUUUGCAGAUUGACACUUGUCGAAGAUAGGCGUAAAUAUCUGAAUACCUAUCAAUUACUGUAUCCAGACACACCAGAAAGCGGACCCGAACCGAACCCUUGUUUGUUUGUGCGAAUUCUACAUCUCGCACAAAGGAAAUUCCGAGAAAACCCCGGGUGAAGCAAGUGAUGAUUUAAAUCUAGGAAGACAACUAUUUAAUGUUUUUUUUUUAAAUAAAAGAACAUAAAGAAAUGAUCACUUGCAUUACCAGUAUAAUAUAUCAGAAUUUCAUUUGCUUUUCAUAGAAAUUGAAUUGGGGUUUUAAUACUUUAAUACUUGUCACUAUUUUAUAAUACACUGAACUGAUGCUGCAUAUGUAAGCUAAUGAACUUGAAUUUCGUAGCGGUUGACAUUUUCUUUUCUGGAAGAAAUAGUACUUGUAGGUUCAGAUUCUGGAAUACAAAGUCUUCGUUCACUUGACUUUGUAUGUGUAGUAGAUACUAGUACCAGUAUGGGUAAUUAUUACUGGUGCUCACAUUUAAAAUGGAUUUUGAAAACUGAAAAAAAAAACAAGAUGUGUUUGUGAAACACAGAUGCCCCCGUAUGGCAACAUAGCGAAGGUUAAGCUUUCUCAAAUGCAGAUCAAAUAUGUUGG